GUGAGAGGCUGGGUGUUUCUUUGUAUCUGUGCGUAACCAGACUGAGUGUUUGUCUCAAAAAAGACCUUCGCCAUGUCGAAUUUGGAGAAACACCUGUUUAACCUCAAAUUUGCUGCCAAGGAGCUCAACCGCAGCUCCAAGAGAUGUGACAAAGAGGAAAAGGCAGAAAAGGCUAAAGUGAAGCAGGCUAUCCAGAAGGGUAAUAUGGAGGCAGCAAAGAUCCAUGCAGAGAAUGCCAUUCGUCAGAAGCAUCAGUCCAUUAACUUCCUGAGGAUGAGUGCACGUGUGGAUGCUGUGGCUUCUAGGGUCCAGACUGCUGUCACUAUGAACCAGGUAUCUAAAUCGAUGUCUGGAGUGGUGAAGUCGAUGGAUGCUACUCUGAAAAGUAUGAACUUGGAGAAGAUCUCUGCAUUAAUGGACAAGUUUGAAAACCAGUUUGAAACUCUUGACGUGCAGACAGCUCAGAUGGAGGACACAAUGGGCAACACCACAACUCUGACAACACCUCAGAAUGAAGUGGAUACGCUGUUGCAUGAGAUGGCUGAUGAAGCAGGGUUGGAUCUUAACCUGGAGCUUCCUGCAGGCCAGACUUCCUUGCUGGCUUCAUCUGUGGCGUCAACAGAGCAGGACGAGCUCUCCCAGAGGCUGGCCAGACUGCGAGACCAGGUGUCGUAAUGAUGCAGAAAAUAACGAGAUCCGGAGGAGGGAGCAGAGCAGAAGACACGAGACAAGACAGGGAGUGAAAAAGUGGAGAAUAAACAAAAGAAGGUGCCAUGUGCCUGAAAGCUCUGUGUUCCAGGUUUGUUCUGUAGUGAGAAGUGAAGGAGCUGUUUAACAGCAGGAAAGGACCAAGAGGAAAAAAACUGGAUAUUUACAGUCCUGCUACUAACUGCAUCACAUGCAGUCCCUCUAUAAUAAUGUUCAUUUGCACACUCGUAUUUAAACUUGUAUUCUGACUCUUUAGUAGCUCAAUAACAGGACACCACUGUGCUGGCAUGUUUCUUUAUUUUAAAGUGGUACACCUUAUAUGGGAUUUUUGGUGCAAAUUGUUAAGAAAAAAACAAUGUGUACUGCUUAAUAAUACCUCAUUCCAAAGUGAUUACACACUAUGUACAAAAUGUAAAGAUCCCUAUUUGUUUAUUUACUUGUGUAUUUAUUUACACAAGUAUUUAUAAAUUAUAUUUAUUUACUGCCUGUUUUACUGACUGAUUGUUAAGAGCAUGUUUAUAUUGUUACUGUUAUAUCUUAUCUGCUCUGGCUGUUGAAUUGUCUGUCACUGUUUUGGCUGCAAUGCCGAAACACAAACUUGUUUUAUGCUGUGUUGUUGGGCUAAAUGUUGCCUCAAACAUGCUUUGGAGAAAGCUGGAAUAUCACUGAUUUGCUGCACGUAGCAGCAGCGGUGUGGACUUGAGUGACAUGACUCAGACUCAAGUCAUAGAUUGUCAUAGAUUUGAUGACUUAAGACUCAACUAAACAAAAGACUUGCAACUCGACUUGGACUUUAACACCAGUGACUUGUGACUUUAGUUGGAUUUGAGCCUUUUGACAUGAAAAGAUGUACUUUUCCCUCAAAGCUGCAAGAUUGAAAAGUAUGUUAUUUACAAAGUGUGCCACAAAUCAAUUUCUUUCCUGCCAUCUCCUGAAUCAGCUGAUGUAAAUGCUAUUUAUUUCUAGCAAGCUGUUACUGAAUCACCCAGAUCUGCUUUGUUUGAACCAAUCUGACAGCAAUUCAGUCAAGUUGCAGGAGAAAACCAUGGAUAACUAACUAUGUAACAAAUUGAAUAUGUAAGUAAGUAAGUAAGUAACUAACUCAUUUUAACAAAUGAAUACAAAUUCUGAACAAGCAU